ACGGGAGAUGUAAACGUCACCUGUAAAGAUUAUUAAUAUUUACCUCAUACCUUUAUCAUCAUGUAUGUUAAACCGCUUUAAGCAACGGUUGGGAUUUAUUUUAUUUUACUUAUCAUUGAAAUAUUUCACUUUUCGAGUGUGAGUUCAAGUGGCUCUCCCGAGAACUAAUUCGAUAGUCUUCUUAAUGGAUAUAUAAGCUACUUAUACCUAUCAUUAACAGGUGAAAAUGGGGUCUAGGAAAGACCUAGGUGGCACAGACCAAUGUUUGGACCUCAUACGAGGGGCCCAGAAAAAAAUCUUAGAAGUGCCCUUUGCAUCAAAUUACUUAGCAGUACAACAAAAGUUGGAUGAAACAAGAGAAUGCAACACACAAGUAAAGGCUUUAAAACGGAAAGUUAAUGAGGUCAAACAUUUAAAGGGUCAAACUCCAGAAGGACAAAAGGUUGUUGGAGAAUACUCAGUGCUUGAGGAUCAAGCCUUGCAGAAGAAGAGGUGUUUAGAAACUUUAUUUUACGUCACAGAAGUUGAAAAUUUAUUACAGAAUGUGCAGUCCGAUUUCGAGGAGCGAGCUAUGUACCUCACAGAGAGAAAGUUGGUGUUUGACAGUAUGCACAGGGAAGAGGCUCUCAAGGUUUCUUCUCGUAUGCAUAGGGAUUGUGUGUAUGCCAUGCGAGCGACUUGGAGCUGGUUAGGACAGGUUACACAGUGUUUAGAAGUUCACAUGAAAAAUGCAGGCGAAUAUCAUCAGUUUUUCCAUGAGGUACAGUUUAUACAUGAAGAUAUGCAGACUUUCUUAGGUUUACUAAACAAUAGUAAAAUGAGGGCAUACUUACAACCCACUAAGCCAGACAUCAUGAUCCAAUACUUCAAAGACAUAACAAACAGAUUAUUAGAUUAUCAGGCCAGAGUGGAAGAUUUAGGCCAGAGGAGUACAUUAGUCCACCCUAUCUAUCUGAGAAAGGACCCUCCAGUUUAUCCAUUGAGAGCUAAAUGUCUGGUCGAAUAUUCCAAUCAAGAGAUCAGUCUGUCCCCAGGCGAUGCCUGUAUUGUAUUAGACAACUCAGAUGCAGACAAAUGGCAGAUAAGAAAAUCAGAUGGAACUGAGGCUGAUGUUCCUGGUGUUGUAUUGGUUAUCCCUCCUCCUGACAGGAAAGCUCUUCAUGAAAAUCAAAAAUUAAAAGAUCAGCUGGUGAUCAACUGGGACACCACAUUAAAACGUCUGUGUACACAGCUCACACAGUAUUUUACAAACUCAAUCAAAGAGACUCCUUCAAUUGAUAUGAAAAGUUUAUCUGCACCCCAAAAAGCUGAACUGAUGAAACUUAUGAAUGAAGCUGUUCAGAUUUUACGACCAGUUACCCAUGACGACAAAAAUUUCCAGGAUUUAAUGGGCAGCGUGACAAACUUUAGAAAAAUCUUAAGUCAGUUUAAACCUGGAGAAAAAGAUGCCAAAAAUAUCUCUGUACAGAAAUGGCAAACAAAUGGCAGAGUUAUGUUACUAUAUAAAGAUUUUUUGACAUAUGGGAAAUCUUACAAGGACAAUGUAUCCUCCAGCAGAGGUCAGGAGCAACUAAUGGUCAACACUGAACAAGGACAUAUGUUUCAAUCUAAAGCUUAUUUUGAAAGGGUUUUACCAGUUAUAGAUGUGGAUGUGAAUUCUAAAGAAGCCAUACUGACAAAUUUUAAAGCAGACAUGAUCAUAAAUGAACGACACAAUGCAAAACGACCCGUUCCACCACCAAGAAAAAAACGUCAGUCCAGACAAGCAUCAUUAGUGGCCUCUAGUGGAGAAAAUUUGAGAGAUAUGCAGGACUUCAUGGAAGAAAUCAAACCAUUUACAAUCUUAGGCGUUAUUGAUCCAAAAUCAAAACAAAAAUUAUCUGUGUUCCAAGCGAUGUCUCAGGGUAUGCUAGAUUUGUCGCAAGGGACUUUUACAAAUCCCUCAACAGGAGAGGUUAUGACUAUUCCCGAAGCCAUACAUAAAGGAUUUAUUCUGGCAGACUUUAGUGAGAAUCUGACCAAUGGGGAUAGCCAUGAUGGAUUUCAUCCAAUGAGGAAUACUUUAGAUACAAGAGUAUAUCCCGUGUCUGGUGUUAUUGACCCUCGCACUGGAGAAUGGAUCGGGGUCAGACAAGCGGUCAAUGCCGGAAUACUUAAUCCAAAAACAGGAAAAUACAGGAAUAUUGUCACCGGAGAGGAAGUUGAUUUUCUUGAAGCAAUUCAAAAUGGCUACCUUGUUGUUGAUCCGUCUGCUGUUGGUGAUUUGUCAGAAAAUGGAGUUUAUACUUUUGUUGAUCUAGUAGAUGCUUCUUUUAAAGUUAAUGGUGUCAUUGAUCCAAAUAGUGGAGAGGAAAUCUCAUUGAAGAGAGCUAUUAUGGAUGGAGUGGUUGAUAUUACAAAUUCUAUCUACCGAAAUCCUAAUACAGGUGAAACAAUGUCACUUGAAGAGGCUUUAAAACAAGGCCUGAUUAAGGCACAACCAGCAACAGAUGCUGAUGUAGAGAAAGGAGUUGAUAUUAUAACAAUCAAACAGCUUCAAGUUAAACGACAGAAAUUUGUUCCUGGUGAUGAUAAAAUGUCAGGUGGAUUAGAUAAUGUGGAUGGAUGGAAACCGGAUCAGAAUCAAUUAAUGUUUGAUAAAGUUAGAACGGUGUUGGAUCCUGAUUCCGUAACUGUCAUUGAUCCCAGUGAUAACUCUCCUAUGACCUUGACUGAAGCUUUCGAAAAAGGUGUGAUUAAUUUCGCUAAAGGUGAAUUUCAUCUGCCGAACGGUGAAGUUUUAACCUUAGAACAAGCUGCAGCCAGGAAUUUUAUUGAUCCUGAAGUUUUGAAAGAUUUAUUAGAAGUCUAUAAUCAAUCUAGUCUGGGUGAUUUAUGUAAACAGGGUAAAUUUGACCCAGAAACAGGUCUCGUCACAGAUCCACAGACCGGAACAACAAUGUCUUUAGAAUCAGCCAUUGCACAGAAACUCAUAGAUCCUAAUCAAAUAUUCAUUUAUGACGUGCCUUCACAGAAACUUAUGAGUCUUCAACAAGCCAUAGAUGAAGGCAAAUAUAAUCUAUCUGUGGGGAAAUAUGUUCACCCUAAAACAGGUGAACUUUUGACCCUUACUGAAGCAGAAAAAGCUGGUAUUGUCAAGUGUUCUAUUGAUCCGGAAGAAAGAUGCAAAGUCGCUAAAACUCUUGAAAGGUUAAACAAAUUGAUGGAUACUUCAGUGAAAUCUGCACCUUCACCAUUUUCUGAUGGCAAAAUGUCAUUGGAGGAAGCUAUCCAAACUGGAGUCCUUGACCUUCAGAAGGGACAAUUUACUGACCCAGUUACUGGAGAGGUUAUGACCCUGGCUGAUGCAAUUAAAGAACAAAAACUUGAUCCAGCAGCUGCAAGUCAUCUGAUCAAAGCACUUGAUAAAUUAUCACUAAGAGAAAUGAUGGAGGACUUAAAUUAUGACCCUGACACUGGUUUACUUGCCCCAGGUAACAGUUCAAGGCCAAUUUCAAUGGAAGAGGCUCUAAAACAAGGACUCAUUUGUCCGGAGAAUGUUUUCUUAGUUGAUAAGGUCAAUGGAAGAAUUACAACUCUUGGAAAUCUGAUUGAUGAAGGAAGAUUUGAUCCUAAAGAUGGAACAUACAUUAAUCCAAACACUGGAGAAAAACUCACCUUAGCUGAAGCUAUUGAGCAAGGUCUUAUAGAACCUAGCAUUAUAGAGGAAGACUUCAUUGACACUUCUGUGACCUUGAAAGAUUUGAUUGACAGUGGAAAGGUCAAUCCAAGGUCAACUAAUUUUGUUGCUCCUAACAAUGUUAAAAUGUCUUUGAGAGAUGCCUUAGCAAAUGGAUUUUUGACUUUGAAUUCUAAAGUGAAAUUAGAUCCAAGGUCAGGAUGUGUACAGCUGGCUUCUGAUGAGGAAGUUGUUAAAGCUUUGUUAGAUGUGAGAGAGAGCUCUGAUUGGCUACAGACAGUUGAGCAGACGUUAGGAACCAAUGACAAAGCCAGUCAGAAGUUGGAAAAUCUAAAGCAACAAACAGAAGACUACCAGGUUUUACAAGAUGAUAUUUCGAAGCAUGAAGAUGAAGUGAAGACCUCCAUUAAACAAGCAGAGGAGUUGAUAGAAAACAAUCGUACUGUGGACAAGAAAGAUGAUGGAGCUCAGCAGCUACAAAAACUCAAGUUUAACACUGCUGACCUUAAAGUUCGCUUUAAUGAUGCCUCGACAGAGACAGAAGGAAGAUGCCGUAGGUUUGAGAAAAUGUCGGCUGACUUGGAAGAUUUCUAUGGUAAUCUACAAGACUUGGACCAAUGGUUAGACCAAGCUAUAGAACUGUCAGAGGAAUAUCAGGCUUCAGAUGAAGACAUAGAAUUACAGUUUACAAACUAUAAGGAGUUUGUGGAUGAACUGCAAGCCAAAGAAACAGAAAUGGCCAAUGCCUUCAAGAUAGCUGAUGGUUUCAGAGACGAGGCUCAGGAAUUUGAAAAAGAGGCUGAAGCAUACAGACAGAGAACACAUCAACUUCCACCAAUCAGAGAAGAGCAUGACAAUGAUGUCAUUGAUGAUGAAAUUGAGUCAUUGGAGGCCAAGUACAGGGAUAUUUCUAGGGAGUGUUCUAAACAUUUGGAAAAACUGUCCUCCAUAAUGAAACAGAAAAAAGUAUUUGACGAACUCAGUGACAAACUAUCAGGUGUCUAUCCUCAAAUCGAAAAGAAAGUCUCACAAAUUGACGAACAGGAAGUGGGCAAAAUGCCAGACAGAGAUACUCAGGAUCUAGCCAUGUUGAAAGAUCUAAAAGCAGAUUUGAUUGGUCAAGAACGAAAAUUAAAAGAACUUUCUCAAACUGGAGAAAAAUUAGUCAAAGGGUUGGAAGGUAUUAACAUGCAGUCAAAAGCUGACACUGUCAGAAAUACAAUGGACGAGUGUCGUGAAAAACAUGACAGUUUGCAGCGAGAUAUCGCACUCAAAGAAGAAGUGUUUGACUCUGCGGUUUCACAACAACAUGACGUCAUGAACAGAUUAGACGAAUUAACUGAGUGGUUAUCAGAAACGGAACAAUUCCUAAACGAGGGACGAGCCAUAAGUCUUGACAAGGAUAAAUUAUUAACCCAUCUUAAGGAACAGCAGCUAAUGAACGCUGAGAUAGACAGUAACAAAGCCUUACUAGAGAGGUUGUCGGAGGCUCCAGAUACAUCUAUGACAGAAGACGCUGAAACAGCAAUAUUUGAUCUCUCAGAAAGAGUAACAGAUGUGGAAAGGAAAGCCGAACUUGCCACAAAAGGUCUGGAGGAAAUCGCCAGUAGGAUGUCUGACCUUGAUAGUGGUGUAUCACAAAUGGAGGGGUGGCUGACCGAAUCAAUUGACCUUCUAAAAAAUAAAUCAAGGGGAAGUAAUCAAAAAGCUAUCAAGGCAAAAGUUGACGUUUUAUACAAUGAGAAACGUGAAAGAGAAAUAGACAUGGAGAAUAUUAGGGGUGCUGCUAAAUCUAUCAUGGAUGAUGACCGUGUCUGUGAUGAGUUUGCCGUUAAAGAAAGUCUGGGAGAAGUUGAAUCUAAAUGGCAUGAGUUGACUGAGCAUCUGGUACAACAGGUUUCUCUUGAGGCUUUAACUGAAAUAGAAGGAAUGUUGAAGUAUUUAGACAAAGCAGAGAACGACAUCAACACAGCUGAAGCAAUUAGUAUAGACCCAGAAAUACUCACAGUACAACUAAAAGAUCACCAUUCUUUUAAUGAUGACCUCAACCAAAAGAGAAAUGCAGUGAAAGAAAUUAUAAAUAAAUGUAACCGCAUGCUCCGUGAAACAACAAAUUCCCAAACAGAUGAAAUCAAGUCAAGAUUAGACAGCAUUAGGGCACAGGCUGACAUUGUUUGUCAGCUUAGUUCUGAACGCCUUGGUCAGUUAGAAUCUGCUCUCCCAUUGGCUACACACUUUAGUGAGAACCAAUCAGAAAUACAGUCAUGGUUAGAUGAGAUGGAGGCUGAUAUGAAAGCACAGUCUUCUCCUGGGGAAAGUUUGGAUCAGAUUAAAAAACAAUAUGAAAAUAUUAAGGGAUCACAACAGAAGGUUGAUGACCACAAACCCUUUAUUGAUGAUCUCAACACCACUGGGUUAGAACUGAUGGAAUUAUGUGGGGACAAUGACGCUGGUGAAAUACAGACAAAACUACUGAGCCAUAAUGAUCGUUACGCUAAACUUAAAUCUCUGUCACGCCAAAAGGCUAAAGACAUGAUAGACGCAAAGUCUAAUAUGACACAAGAAGUUGGAGAAAUGUUAGAUAAUUUAUUAGACGAUUUAUCUCAAAUAAACAGGAAUUUGACUACAGCUAAUCCAAUUCCAGCCAAUCCUGAUAAAUUACGGGAUGACCAGCAGGAAAAUAAAUUAUUAUUGGAAGAUUUAGAGAGAUAUCGACCAAUGAUUGUGAAGGCUGAAGAUGACGCCAAGAAAAUGUUAAUGACUGGGAUGGAAGACGAUGCUGAAGAAGAAGAUCUGAAACAGAAAGUCACUGAAAUAGCCACAUUGAACAACCAAAUCAGAGAUCAGGCUCAAAGACGGGAUCAAGAACUGGAUGAUGCUCUACAAGUGGCAGAGAAAUUCCAUGACCUUUGUUCUGAAACAAUGUCAAAUCUCAGAGAUCUGAAAGAUAACCUGUUGUCGCAAGAACCUCCAGGUGUGGACUCUCCAACUGUACAGGAACAACAAAAAGAAUUGAAGGAACUACGCAAAGAACUUGGUAAAGCUCGCCUCUCACUAGAAGAGUGCAGACAGUCAGGGGACCAGUUGAGUGGUAUGGUUGGGGAACCAGGACUUGUGGAAGUUCGUAAACAACUUGAAGAUCUACAUAAUCUUGCUGAUGAUGUCCAUGACAUAACACGGGAGAGAGAAGAAGAUCUGAAGACAGCACUCGGCCAUACAGACAAAUUCCAGGAACUUGUAGAUUCAAUUAACUCCUGGCUGCCACUGUCGGAACACAAGCUAGCAAACAUGAAGCCUGUAUCUACCAAUCCAGAAACGUUAUGUAAACAAAUGGACGAAAUCAAGUUUUACAAAUCUCAAGUCCAUCCACAUGUAGCAGAACUCCAGCAACUGAACCAGGAGCUUGGAGCUCUGAAAGAGAUGUCACCAGUGGCAGCAGAGGUGCUCCAUAAACCUGUGGAGGAUAUUAAUACAAAAUGGAAGGAAGUUCUAAAGGGAAUCUCAGAAAGAGAGAAUAGAAUAAACCAGAUGCAGAUGAAGUUAGGGGAGGUUGAGGCUGGUAUGGAUAGUGCCAUUAAAUCUCUGGAACAAGCUCAGGAUGAUCUUGAUAACUUUGACGAGUUUGUUGGUGACCCUAAGACACUAGAAACACACAUGAAAAAACUACAGGAAAUAAAACAUAAUAACAUCAAGGACAGUGAUGUCCAAUGGAUGGAGGCAAAAUUAAAAUUAGUACAGUUACUGAACAGAGAUCUGAAGCUCCAGGAGAGAGUUUGUAAACAGUUGAGUGAUGCUGUUGAUAGUAUCAUAGAAAAAGAAGACGAAGACAGCCCCGUACUGGUGGAGAAAAGGGACACCAUGAACGAUCUACUCCGGUCAGCUCAGGCCAACGCUAAAGAUAAGGAAUCCAAAGUCCAUGAGAACCUUAGACAAAUGAAGAAAUACCUAGGUGAUGUGGAUGAUAUGUUACAGUGGGUAACAGACCUUAAAACUGAACUGAAAUCAUCUCCACCUCUAGGAGCACUCCCUGAGACAGCUAAAAUUGAAUAUGACAAAAGCAUGAAACGCCAAGAAGACCUCCUGAACAAAGAUGAGCCAAUAGCAGCUCUAAUAGCUAAAGGUGAAGAUAUCAUCAGUAAAUGUGACCCCACUGAGUCAUUACAGAUUGCUGAAAAACUACGCAAACUCAAGGAACGAACGGCUGAUACUAAAAAUAGAGCAGAGAAAAGAAAGGAGAAGCUGAAUGAGCACAUGCAGAACGUAGAUGAAUUCCAUGGUACAUUGAAAUCAUUCACUGAUUGGUUGAACACGGCUGAGGUGGCCAUGAGAGGAUUUAAAUAUCCCAGUAAACUUGUGGAGAAGGUUACACUUCAGAUUGAUGAACACGAGAAAUUACGAGCUGAAUUGGAACAACAAUCUGAGAAGAUGAUGUCACUGGAUCGUACAGGAAGUUAUUUGAAAUACUUUGGGAGGAAACAGGACACCAUUUAUAUAAAGAAUCUUCUGAUUGGUAUACGAUUACGAUGGAAGAAACUUCUGAGGAGAACAGAUGAGAGAGGCCGUCUGCUGCAACAAGCUUACAGAGAAGAUAAGAGGUUUUAUGAUGCCUGGAAGAGUCUCUGUGAUUGGCUAGAUGACAGUUCAAAGUUGAUGGCAAAGUUCAGCAAUCCACAAGGUGCUACAAAACAAAACAUUGAUGAACUCAAGAAUGCACUGUGGGAAACUUAUAUGGAGAAAUUUCAGCAUCAAUUAGCAGGAAAACAUCCAUCUUUCUAUUCUGCCACUCGUCUGGGAAGAAACUUAAAGGAUCGGUGUACAAAAACUGACCCAGAGAGAGAUGUACUUCAACAGAUGCUGGAUGAUCUAAAACAUAAAUGGAAUUCUGUUCGUUCUGUUAUAUCUAAAAGUCAAAAUAAGCUGGACGAGGCACUGUUGACAUCGGGGAGGGUGGCUGAUGCCCUCACAUCGCUACUAGAAUGGCUCAGCAAGGCAGAGGCUACGUUAGCCGAGGACCAACCGGUAUUGGGUGACCUUGACACCAUUAACAUGCUGGUGGAACAACACAAGGCUAUGCAGCAGGAACUUGGUGCUAGGGAACAGACUGUGGCCGCUAUGAAGGCUGCUGGGAAUGUGUCCACGGCAGCACUGGACGAGCUGGAGACAACCUGGGAUAGAGUCAAUAGUCUCAGUGAUAUUAGAGAGGCAAAACUCAGGGAUUCUCUCAAAAUGGCUGAAGAGUUCCAGGAAGUUGUCCAAGUCAUGAGAGAGUUUUUACCUACAGCAGAAUCAGAAUUAAAAUAUAAAACUUUACCUGAAGAUGAAAUGCAAAUUAUACAGCUUAUCGAAAAGCAUGAGAAAUUCCAAGAAGAAUUACGGAAUCAUCAAGAAUGUGUAGAUAAAAUACGAGUGUUAGCGGAAGAGAUAUUACUCAACUGUCAUCCUAAUGCAAUACGAUUUGUUAAAUAUUACCUCACUAUAACCCAGACUAGAUGGGAUCAGUUAUUACAGCGAGCUAAGACGAAGGAAGAGAGAUUACAGGAUGCCUUACGUAAUAUCCAGGGUAACGCCGCCCUAGUGGAGGAGUUGCUUGCCUGGAUGUCUGAGGCCUAUGUAUUAUUAUCUACCAAAGAAAGAGACCCUAUUCCAGAUGAUCUGAACACUGUAGAAACUUUAUAUAAAGAACAUGUGGAAUUCCAUGAUGAUAUAGGUAGUAAAAAUGGUGAUGUUGAAAGAUUAACUAAAAUAAUAGUAGCUGAGCCAAAGUCACCAGGACGACAUUAUGGAAGUAAUAUGAAGUUAAAUGAAUACGACCCUGGUUAUAAUCCAAGAGUUUUAACAUUACAAAAUAAAUGGCGAGUAGUAUGGAGAAUGUCACUAGAUAGAAAGAAAAACUUACAAGAUGCUUUAGAUAAUUUAUUAGAGUUGGAAAGCUUUAAAAACUUUGAUUUUAAUGUAUGGAAACAAAGAUAUUUAAAUUGGAUAAAGGUGAAAAAGAUGAGAACAACAGAUUUCUUCCGUCGACAAGAUAAAGAUGGAGAUGGCUAUUUGUCUCGAGAUGAAUUUGUUGAUGGAAUGUUACAGUCAGGAUUCACAACCAAUAAAACAGAAUUAAAUGCUGUAUUUGAUAUAUUUGAUAAAGACAAUAAAUAUUAUAUGCAAUAUAGUGAAUUUAUAGAAGCUUUAAAACCUGAUAGACAUCAAAAGACAAGAUUAAAGAGUGGGAAAAAGCAAAUGACAGAUGGCGAACUAAUACAAGAUCAAAUAGAGAAAGAUGUAUCACAGUGUCAAUGUAGGAAUCCAUUUAAUGCUCAAAGGAUGUCAGAAGGGAAAUAUAGGUUUGGAGAGAAACAGAAUAUAAGAUUAGUGAGAUUUCUGAACAGUACUGUGAUGGUCAGAGUUGGAGGUGGUUGGGUCACUCUCAAUGAAUUCUUAGAAACAAAUGACCCUUGCAGAUCUAAGGGAAGAACUAACAUUGAACUACGAGAUUCACUACAAGCUAACGGACAACCAGAAGGGUUCCGCUCUCGUAGGGGGAGUGGAACAUUUGGAUAUAAAUCCAAACUAAACGAUACAGGAUACGCAUCAUCUGUUUCUUCAGCUGGAAGUUCGGGAGAUCAGUCUUUACGGAGGAGUAAGAAUGCCACUUCAAUGGUAAACUUGUCUGGCGUUGGUUCUCUGUCAGUGAGAACUACGUUAAGAAAAAAUCCUGAUUUUGGGUCAACAGGAAGUUUACAAAGAACAAAGAGACUCAGUAAUUCCUCAUCAAAUAUUCAUUCAACGCCACCUAGGACGCCACGGACAAAUUUAAACAAUUCAUAUAAUUCACGCUCGCCAAAUAUUCAACGAUCAACCACACCACAGCCAAUACCAACAUAUACAGCAAGAGCAAGGACUCCUACCCCUAGGACUUCAUCUACAUCUCGUUACCCUCCUCCCCCACCCCCUAAAACAUCAACUCCAACACGGUCGGGUCGAACCACACCCACUUUCUCAGGAGGUCGUACAACGCCAUCUGGGAGAACGACUCCAACAUCCAUGACAAAUGGAAUGAGUGGUGCCACACGUAGAUUACCCACAACACCCAAGAAUCCACGGUGAUACACAUGAACGAUUUUAGUUAUUGUUUAGAUCUUAUAUUUAUGUUAGACUGACUAUGAAAUCUUAAUAAGCAAACUUGACCAAAAGGCAGGACAUGUGUUGUUUCAUGUCCAUACUUAGUCCAGUGGCGUUCAAGAGGUUUUGUAGAAACCUCCCUCAUAAAACCAAUAAGAGCUAAUUAAGCCUAGUAAUAAAUGUGGAUAAAAAACAUUAUUUUUAUCUAUUUGACCCUCUUAGAAAUCCCUGGCUAUGGGCUAGCAUGUGUAAAAUGAUCAUUAGAUAAAGAUACUUUGUAAUAUUAAUGAUUUCAUGGUCCACUGAACAAACCUGAAUUUAUUGUAUACACCCAGAGAUAAAUCAACCUUAACAGAACUAUGCAUUGUGAAUUAUCAAAUAGUGAUUUGUCCAGAAAUUAAAUAGAUUUUUAUUAACAAUUUUUAUAGAUUAAAAAGCUGAGUUUGUUAAAUGAUAAGGGUUAUAUUCAGUCUAUUCCUAUUUUUAAUUUUUUCUUCUAUAUUUUUCAGAAAUUUACCACAACAAAUUUCCGUCUUAAAACUUUUCAAUAUUUCGAUUAACUUCUUUCGAUUUAAAAGUUUUCCCUGAUGGAUUUUACAUUAAAACUUAAAGAUGCUGAAAACACACAAAUAUUUAUUAUUAUAAAGUUAUGAUAUUAAUUUGGGAUGUGAAUCUUUAAAUUAUCUGCCUUAUUGAAGUGUAUUGUAUGAAUGAUAGUUGUGUGUGUAUUUAAGUUACAUAGAUUUAUUUAUUGGGACUUGUGUCUUUUUGAUCAGAUGUCUCAAUAGGUAACAGGGGAGAUAAUUCGUAUAAAGGGGAGAUAAUUUUAGAGUUACCUACUGCAAAUUGUUAAGUUACAAAUUUGUUAAAAAAAGAUAAGAUGUAGAAAAUAUUUCCAUUACAUUUAAAAAUUUAUUUCUAAUAUAUCACAGCAGUGAAAUCAUUAGGUAUUAAAAAAAAAUGUACUGCUUUUAAAGAUGGAUUUUACUUAAAAUAUUGAAAAAAUUUGAAUGUACAUUAUACAAGAAGACAAAAAUUUGUGUCUUAAUAAGAAAUAUUAUUUUUUGGUCACUUUAAAGAAAAAUAAUUUACUGUAUUACUAAAUUUUGGUAAAAUUGGAAAAAAAAUGUUUUAGGAUAAUUUGAGUCAUAUUUUCAUUAAAUGUUGGAAAACAAUUUAUGUCUUAACAUGUUUAAUCUGAAAAGAAUGAAUGAAUACAUGUGUUAUAUACUGAUAUGUAUGUUAUAUUUACAAUAUAUGUAGAGAUUUCAAUAAAACUUGGUAUGAAUGUGUUGAUUGCAUGUCUAGUGUUUGAGGGUGCAGAUGUAAACAGAUAUUUUGUUAAUUGUCAAGUAAAAGAUAUUAUUACGAGUAUAUUCAGUUUUGAGAAGUAUAUAGUCAAAUAUUAAACAUAUCAUUGCAAUCAUAACAUAUCAAAUGUACAUGUCUUUCUUGCAAAAAGGGAGAUAAUUUUAUGUCUUCUAUCGAGUGUAUUUAAUAAACAUGAAAUGCUCAAAAUUUUUAUCAGUUUUUCCAAUAAACAUUCCAGCUAUGAAAAAUAAAUGAAAUCGAAUAUUUAUAAGUAAAAUGAGAAGAAAAAAAAAUUGCAGAAAGAAUGACAAAAACAUUAUUACGUGCUCUUCUAAAUAUCUUAGUGCUACAAGUUGAAAAUUUCAAAAUAAUGAGCUCCUUUUGUAUUUUAGCAGAGCUAUCUUGAAAACAGUUCAUAAUUCUAAUCAGAAUGCAGAUCUGACUUUUAAAAUUAGAACAAAUAUGUAAUUCCUGGAAAAAAAACCUUCAAAUCAUCAUAAAUUUUAGAUAAAGUUAAGCAGAACAUGUACUGAAAAUUUUAUAUUAUCAAGGUUUAAUAAAAACCAGGUUUAACAGAGUUUUCAAAUGAUUAUAGUUAUAUAUAAUUCACUAAAGUAAAGUGUUCUUUUUUCCCGACAGCAAGGGGGAGACUACUGGGGAAGAAUUGUGUUUUAACCUCUUGAUAUUAUUUUUCUGCACAAGUCAUAUAUUUUGAGUUAUAUGUUAAUUUAUAGAUAAUAAUCAAAAUGUACAAGCUAGCUUUCUUUAUAUUUUCAUAGUGCAUUUAUAAUUACAAAUUUUGGUAUGUAAUGUUAUAUCAGAAAAUUGUUACUUUUAGGAUGUCAUGGUAACAAUUCUAUGAUGGCUGAUAUAUUUUUAUAAUCAUAUUUACAUUGUAGAUAGUUUCUCAUUUGUUAUGUCACCUGCACAUAUCACUGUCAGCCAUUUUGUUACCAUGGAAAUGUACAUAUCAUUUAGCAGACGGUCUAUUGACUGUCAUUGUAUGAAACUGACAUAAAAUAAAAAUGGAAGUUGUCAAAAUGAAA